UGGCUCACCCCUGAACAAACUUCUGGCAAAGAGCACCCCUAUCUCUUCAGUCAGUGCCAGGCCAUCCACUGUAGAGCUAUUCUUCCUUGCCAGGACACUCCUUCCGUGAAAUUAACCUACAGCGCAGAGGUGUCUGUCCCCAAAGAACUGGUGGCACUUAUGAGUGCCAUUAGUGAUGGAGAAGCACCUGACCCAGAAGACCCGAGCAGGAAAAUUUACAGAUUCAGCCAAAAAGUUCCAAUCCCCUGCUACCUGAUUGCUUUGGUUGUUGGAGCUUUAGAAAGCAGGCAGAUUGGCCCAAGGACGUUGGUAUGGUCUGAGAAAGAGCAGGUGGAGAAGUCUGCUUAUGAAUUUUCUGAGACUGAAUCUAUGCUUAAAAUUGCAGAAGAUCUGGGAGGCCCAUAUAUCUGGGGGCAGUAUGACCUGCUGGUCCUGCCGCCGUCCUUUCCCUAUGGCAGCAUGGAAAACCCGUGCCUCACUUUUGUGACUCCCACUCUGCUGGCUGGUGACAAGUCACUCUCCAAUCCAUAUACUACACUGCUGUGA